GUAGAUAUUUAGACCGAUCCUUGGCGGCCAUCUUGCUUGUUUACACUGCAAGGAGAGAGGGAGAGAAGAAAAUUUUGGUGAUUUUUGGCAGAUACCGAGUGUGAUUUGCAUUGACAAGGAGUGUUGUUGUGAGUGACUGGCGUGAACUGUGAGGUGUGCAGUGGUGGUGAGGCUGCUGGUGGUGUGUGCCAGGCUGAGACUAGAUCUUUCUGGGAGAGUUUGAGCUGAAGAGAAUGCUGCAACACUACUAGGCUCUGUGUGUGUGUGUGUGUGUGUGUGUGUGUGUGUGUGUGUGUGUGUGUGUGUGUGUGUGUGUGUGUGUGUGUGUGGACUGAUUGACAGAGAGAUAAACAAACAGUUGGUACGGGAGCAGAGAUAGACAAAUACAGACAUACAGACAGACAGACACGCAUACAGAAAUAGAAGAAAAGAUAGAUAAAAUAGACAGACAGACAGAUAGACAAGACUUAGACACAAACAAACAGAUAGACAAACGAAGAGAUAUAAACAGACAGACAGACAGACAAAAAACAAAGAAAUUCAGACAAGAAAAAAAUGUAACAACUUAGAAAACAGAAAAAAAAAAAAAUACUUAGGCCGCCAGACAGACAAACAGAUAAGCAGCCAUGGCCGCCACAGACAGCAGUGAACAGCAGUUACGUUUUCGCUGGAAUGACCACUCACAGCAUCUCUCUAAGGUCCUCACACUUCAGAGGCUGCAAGAAAAGUACUGUGACAUAACCUUGGUGUCUGAGGAUGGCUACAUAACCAAAGCACAUCAGUCUGUCCUUGUCUCUUCUUCUUCCUACUUUGAGAGAGUACUGGGUGAGGUGAGACAAGACCAGCAUCCCAUGGUGGUGCUAAGGGGCGCCAACCUGCAGCAGCUGACCUGUUUGCUGGACUUCAUGUACCAGGGGAAUAUACAGGUUGAGCAGCAUCUAAUUGAGCCAGUGCUGGAGGUGGCAGAUCUCCUGGGUAUCAAGGGACUGGCCGGCAUCCGCUCAAACCCCACCAUUCAGAAGUUUAUGGUUGCCCCCACCACCACCACCACCCCACCACCAUGCCCCAGGACCUGCCCCAUGCCCCUACAGCACCCACAGCCCCACAGGACACCCAUACAGCAGAGAACAGGGCAACACAUCACACACAGCACACACAGCCAGACUCACAGACAGACAUGCACACAGACACACAGGCGGACAUGCACGCAGACACACAGACGUCAGGAAUCGAUCUUUCCAUGGCAAAAAAUGAACCCAGGUCGCCGAAGGAUGCCCAGGGGGUCGCGCAAGAGGUCACACAAGACGUCACAGAGGCAGUCACACAGGUGGUCACACAAGGGGUCACACAGGGGGUCACACCACUAGUCGCAUGUGCUCAAGAGGUCACCCCACCAGAGGUCCCAGAGGCCACAACUGGGGUCCCACAGGAGGUCGCAGGUGAGGAGGAACCACCACCAGCGCUGCCAUCCUGCAGGAAGAGGAGGAGAUUGCAGGACAGCCCAAGCACUGAGGACAUCCUGGACCCAGACUGGGGGAGGAUCGGACCUAAGGUGGAUCAGUGCCCCCCCGGCCCUCCUCAGCAGCUGACCUUUUGCCUCGGACCAUCACCCUCACUGCCAUCUCCUCCGCUGCUGCUGCCUCCUCCGGGGCGGGGCCGCGGGUGGAGCGCAGCGUGGAGGUGCCGUGCGAGGCGGGGCCGCUCACCAUCACCCUCACCACGGGGCCUGACGCCCCACAGACCGCUCCCCGCCCCGUCACGCGCCGCAGGGCGCUGCUGCCUCCGGCCUCCCCCUCGCCCCCCGCCGCUGCGGCGUUGCGGAGGGCGCGGCGCAGGCUGCGGGCGCGGCGCGGCGAAGAGGGGCGGCGCCGCUGGGUGGCGCGGGAGCGGCACUGCAUGGACAGCGGCGGCACCGCGGAGCGUCCCGCCACCAGGCUGCGGAGGCGAGGCGCCUUGCCUCGCCCCACGCCCGCCGUGGCCUGCGACCUGCCCUUCCCUGCCGCGGCGCGGCCUGCUGGGGACGCUCUGCAGGCCUCGGCGUGUGUGGCGCAGGCCGUGGACCAUCACCAGUACUGCCCACAGCAACAGCAGCAGCAGCACCAGCAGCAACACCAGCAGCAACACCAGCAGCAGCACCAGCAGCAGCAGCAUCAGGUGGCGCAGCAGGCGGUGGGCCACACGCAUCUGCAGCAGCAGGGCGAGGGCGCCGCGGUGGGGCAGGCGCUGGGGCAGCACGUUGGGGAGUGCGAGCUGGAGGAGGGGGGACGAGACGUUUCCCGCGGUGUCGCCCCUGGCACUGUUCUCGCUGCCGCCGCCGCGCCCCCGCGCCAAGCAGCGGCGCACCACGCUGACGCUGGAGCAGAAGGUGAAGGUGGUGGAGGCGUUCCUGGAGGGCAAGAGUCAGCGGCAGAUCGCGGGGCUGUAUGGCACGGGCAAGACGCAGGUGAGCGGCAUCAUCCGCCGCAGGGAGGAGGUGCUGGCCGCCUACCGCGACUCCUUGCUGCGCGGCGAGCGGCUCACGGCGCAGCGGCGCAAGCGGCGCGGCGGCUACGCCAGGCUGAACCAGCACCUCAUCCAGUGGUACCGCCACGCCGUGGGCGCGGGCGGCGCCAGGGUGACGGCGGGCAUGCUGCGAGCCAAGGCGCUGCAGCUGGCGCCGCAGCUCGGCUACCACGACUUCAAGGCGUCCAACGGCUGGCUGGCCACCUUCAAGGCCAACCACAACCUCAAGUUCUCUCGCCCCGGCCGCGCCGCUCCCCCCGCCGCGCCCCCGCACCACAACGACACCGACGAGGACCUCGCCCCCGCCCGCCGCCCCGUCCCUCCCCCUGGGGCUUUCGUGGAGGAGGGAGAGGCAGAGGGGUCGUGUGGGGGCCCCGCCCCGCAGCGCCCCGAGACGGAAGACGAGCUGGGCCCCGCGCGCCAGACACUGGACCCUUGUGAGUCCCCAGCCGAUCCCAGCGACCCUGCGGGGCUGCUGCACCCGGGGCUGAGCGGGGCGGGGCUGGCCAAGCCCCCUCAGAUGGUGAACUCCAUCGGGGCGAACCUGUCCGCGGCGUACAACCUGUCCCGCGACCUGGGCCGCGAGCUGAACCGCGGCGAGGCUGGGCCAGACCUGUCCGUCAUGUCUGCCAGCCCCCUGGGUCACCCUGCGGCGCUGGGGCGCGGCGUGGAGGGCCCCGUCAAGGCCCCGGAGGGCCCGCUGUCAGCCUAUAAGUCCGAGGAGCCCAUACCCUACGCCUACGACCCACAGAACCGCAUGGCGGAAGCCGCCCCGCCACGGCCUGCUGAGUACAACUAUGCCCCCUACGGCUUCCCCGGCGGCUACUACGGAUACCACUUCCUGGGCCAGUACUGAGCCCGCCCCGCCCACCUGUGUGUGUGUGUGUGUGUGUGUGUGUGUGUGUGUGCGUGCGUGCGCCCGUGUGCGUGUGCCUGUGCGUGCGUGUGCGCGCAUGCGCUCCGGCCCGUCCGGCCCCUCAGGGUGUUGCGCCGCGCAGCACACCGCCCCACGGGGUGUCCCGCCCCGCUCCGCUCCGCAUGUUUUUUCAUUUUGUUUAUUUAAUUGUUUUUUUUUUUUUAUUUCUCUCUCUCUCUCUCUCUCUCUCUCUCUCUCUCUCUCUCUCUCUCUCUCUCUCUCUCUCUCUCUCUCUCUCUCUCUCUCUCUCUCUCUCUCUCUCUCUCUCUCUCUCUCUCUCUCUCUCUCUCUCUCUCUCUGUGUGUGUGUGUGUGUGUGUGUAUGUGUGUCCCUGCCCCAUACUGUUGUCAAUAAAUGAAUGGCCAAGAUUGUCCACUGUCUCAGUCUUACAUACUCAACAAACAAACAAACAAUAUUAUUAUCACAGCAAAGAAACCUUCAUUCUCCUUCGUGAGAUGGUUAGAGGGCUUUUCAUUAGAGAGAAGAGGAGGAAGGGAAGAAGAGGAGGACGAGGAAGAAGAGGAAGAGGAGGAAGAAGAGGAAGAGGAGGAGGAGGAAGAAGAAGAAGAAGAAGAAGAAAUAAAGGAGGAAGAGGAGGAAGAGAUUUACUCAUCCAUAUCACAACACCCCCCUCCUCCUCCUCCUCCUCUUUCUCCUCCUCCUCCUCCUCCUCUUCCUCAUACUCUCACCACCACCACCACCACCACCACCACCUCCUCCUCAGAUGCCUCCCCAUACAAUAUACAAGAUGGGAGGUUGUAUAGACCCAAGAAUGCUGUGAAGCGGCCAAUGAACAAGUACCUGCUGUUCUUCCAAGACUGCUUGCAGCGUGUGCGGCAGCAGCACCCCGGCGACUCCUACCCCGCCCUCACCCAGCGCGUGGCUCGCAUGUGGAAGUGCCUGCCCGCUGCCCAGAAGCAAGAAUGGGAGAGGAGGGCACAGAGUCUACAGCAGCAGCAUCUCGCAGAGCACCCUGGCUACAGUUACAACCCGCGGGAGGCAGCACAGCGCCACAGGGAGUACCAGCAACUGCGGGAGGAACGGAGGGGCCUGUACCGUGUUGCCUCGCCCCCAGGGACCCUCAGGACACAUGGGGGGGAGAAGAGGAGGGGCGGGAGGAACUGGAGGCCUCUUGCUUUGUCGGAUUGGCAUUUCAUUGGUGGAUGUUAGGUCGGUGAGGGAGUCUGCGCGCGUGCCCCCUCCACAGCACCAACAGAGGCAGCAACAGCAGGACCCCAACAGAACCUUCAGCUCGCGGUACAGCAACUUGUGACUCAGCCCGUAUAUCAAAGGGUUCAUCAUACAGGAUGUCUUGGCGAACACUGUGGGAAACACGUACCUGCGGGGGCGGGAGAGGAGGGGGAGUGUGUGAGAGAGGGAGGGAAGGAGAGAGUGUUUUAUAAGGAUAGGGAGCAAGAAGGGAAGGAUCGAGAGAGAGAGAGAGAGAGAGAGAGAGAGAGAGAGAGAGAGAGAGAGAGAGAGAGAGAGAGACGACACUCAAAUAGAAGUAAAAUGUAUACAGACAAACACAUACACAAACAAACAAACACUCACACUCACCAAAAUAAACCAAGGUCGUCUCUGAAUAUGGACACAACAGAGGUGAGGGCGUAGGGCGUCCAGAAGGUCACGAAACUCAGCACCAUCAGCAGGUUGACCUAGAGAGAGAGAGAGAGAGAGAGAGAGAGAGAGAGAGAGAGGGUGGGGGCAAAUUUACUAUAUAAGAAGAACCUAACAUCCUUGAAAGAGAUACUACUACUACUACUACUAUUACUACUACUACUAUUACUACUACUACUUCUACUACUAUUACUAUUACUACUACUAUUAUACGAUGUAGCACAAAUAAAUUAAGAAGUUUGAGUAUUAUAAAGAAACUGUAUUAUUGUUAAUUACUGAAUAAAAUGUUAGAACCCAA